AUGGCGCUCAUUGGAUCCAUAGAAGCCUUCAAUCCAAGGGAGACAGAUAUCACCUCGUAUAUGGAACGAAUUGAAAUGUUAUUCGCUUGCAAUGAAGUAACAAGCAAUAAAAAGGUGUCUCUAUUACUAACAUUAAUAGGAGGAGAGGCGUAUGGAGUAUUAAAAGAUUUAUUGGCGCCAACUUUACCGAGUACAUUAACGUUCGAACGUCUUAGCUCAGAACUAGAGAGCCAUUAUAGUCCUAAAAGGUUAGUUAUUGCAGAACGUUAUAAAUUUUACUCAGCUAUGCAAGAAACUAACGAGGAUGUUAAAGUUUAUGUAGCUCGUUUAAAGAAUCUAGCCAAACACUGCGCUUUUGGUACAUUUCUAAACGAAGCUUUACGAGACAAAUUAGUAUGCGGUAUUCGUUCCGAGAUUGUGCAGCGAAAACUAUUGACAGAAGAUAACCUAACUUUUGAACGAGCGUUCCAAAUUGCCACAAGUGUAGAGAUGGCAGAAGGACAAAUUAAAGCCAUGGGUACCGAGGCGGCAGCUGUCAAUAAAGUAAGCACCGCCAAAUUUAACAAAGGCAGGAAGUUCAGUCGACCAGCGUGGCAAAAUAAAGCUACGUCCAGUCAAGAUGUCAGUCAAACCAGUAAAGCCGGUCAACCUACGAACAGUACAGGCAAAUCAAGAUGUGGAAGGUGUCUCAAAAUUCACUGGGAUAACAAUAAGUGUCCAGCUAUCAACUGGAAAUGUUACUCAUGUAAUCAAACUGGACAUACAGCAAAAUCAAAAUGGUGCAAGAAUAGAAUCAAUGAAGUAACAUCGGAGGAAACCAGUCAAGAGGAACCAAACGCGGCUGGAAAUGAUUCCUCGACGGUAGGAUGGUUAAAGGAAUCUGAGGAUACAUACUUUUUAAACACUUUAAGACAGUCCAAAAGAAAUGAAACAUUAUAUACUCAAAUACCAGUGGAAGGUAAAACUAUUGUAAUGGAAGUCGAUUCGGGUGCAUGUAAGUCUGUAAUGCAUAUAAAUGAUUAUAAAAAAUUAUUUCCUAGUAUAAGAGUAGAAUCAGUUACUUUUAAGUUGAGAGUAGUCACAGGUGAAAAAGUUAAUGUCAUAGGUCAAAUAACUGUUUCUGUAGAGUAUCAAAAGAAAAUAUUUACCUUACCGCUAGUUGUUAUAGAUAGUAAAACUAAAUUUACACCAUUACUUGGUAGAAACUGGCUGGAUAUUCUCAACCCACAAUGGAGACAGAUUUUAGAUACUGACAUGUUAGUUGAACAUACUAACUUAAAUAAAGUCUUUACACAUGAAUCAGAAACUGUAAAAAUAAUGAUGAUUGAACUUAAAAAUAGAUUUCGGAAGGUUUUCGAAGAAGAACCAGAGGCGGUCAUUAAACAUUUUAAGGCGGAAAUUAAACUUAAAGACGAUGCUAAACCUAUAUUUCAUAGAGCAUAUAGUAUGCCAUAUGCGUUAAAAUUAAAAGUAGAAGAUGAAGUAGCAAAGAUGGUGCAAUCGGGAAUCGUAACAAAAGUUGCGCAUAGACAUCGGAUUGACUCAAAAGGAGUUCAUCCAUUAGAUGAUAAAGUGAAAAGUAUUCACAAGGCUCCGUCACCCCAAAACAUUACUCAAUUAAAAUCAUAUCUAGGGUUAUUGAACUAUUACGGAAAGUUCAUUCCUAUGCUUUCAGCCAAACUUAGAUUAUUAUACGAUCUUUGUAAAUCGGGAGUAGAAUUUCAAUGGUCGGAUAAACACGAACAAAUCUUCCAAUUCAGUAAAAAGUUACUUACGUCUGACUCAGUUCUUGUACAUUUCAAUCCUAAUUUACCUGUAUAUAUAACAUGCGACGCUAGCAGUUAUGGGGUGGGGGCGGUCUUGAGUCACGAAGUUGAUCAUCGUCCGUUACAAUUUAUUUUUGGUAGAAAUAAAGGUAUUCCAGUGACAGCAGCUGCGCGUAUUACUCGUUGGGCUUUAGCACUAUCAGCGUACGAGUAUGAGAUUGAAUAUAAACCAAGUAAAAUGGUAGCAAAUGCAGAUGGCCUAUCUAGACUACCACUGUCGACGGAAACGGAAAUAGCAGGAUUUUUAUACUCAUUUAAUUUAACUAACGAGUUAUCCCUGAAAGCAGACAAAAUUGCAAAAGCAACUACGAAAGAUACAAUAUUGGCAAAAGUAAUUGAAUUAACAUUGAUAGGAUGGCCAAACGGUGCUAUUGAGCAAGAAUUAAAACCAUAUUUCCAAAAACGUCAUGAACUUUCUGUAGAGGGUAAUUGUUUAUUAAUAGGUACAAAAGUGGUAAUUCCAACAAUGUUAAGAAGUAAAGUCUUGAGUUUAUUUCAUGAACAACAUGUGGGAAUAGUGCGAACUAAAAUGCUCAUGCGGACGUAUUGCUGGUGGCCAGGAAUAGAUGAGGCAAUUGAGAAGUUUAUCACUGCAUGCCAAUGGUAUCACACCGAUCAAAUUACCUCCAUACCACCCGCAAAAGUCACACCAUCUAGUACAACAGGGAUAUCGCCUGCUCAGGGUUUCUUUAAAAUGCGACCGAGAACGAGAUUCGAUCUGAUUAAACCAUCCUGCUACAGACAACAGUCCAAAAAUCAGAGUCAGUUAAAUAAAAAUAAAACACAAUUAUAUACCUUAAAUCAAACGGUAUUUGUUAAGAAUAUCCGGUCAAAACUGUGGCAACGAGGCACAGUUAUACAAGUUCUUAGUUAUUGUACUUAUUUGGUCCAAGUAGAGGAGGGAAUCAAAUUUGUACAUGCUAACGAUAUACGUCCAAAUAAUGCUACACUAAGUACGGCUACAAGUUAUCCGAACAAAUUAUAUGAUACAAAUAAUGCGAGUAUGAGUUCUCCACAUCUAGCUACUACUCCAGUAGGUAACGCUGAAGAGUCAAUUAGACCAGUAGUUGAAACUAUUGUUAAUAACGAAUCAAAUCGUACUGCAAUUACUGAGACAGAUAGCGUGGUGGAUGAGGGGAACUCGAAAAUAGAAUCACCCGUUCAACCAUGUAAGAAGAAGUCAGUGGUCACGCCUAAGAAGGACAGCGCUGAUAACGUAGCGACAACCCGUUCGGGCAGAAUUGUAAAACCACCGUCUAGAUUAAAUUUGUAA